AUAUAUUCUUUCGUAGCUGUUAACAAGUUGAAAGCAACGAAUAUGCAUAUAAUAUUUCGAUUUAUUAUAUUAUUUAUUAAAUGUCUUAUGGACAUUAUUGGGGAUAUCUUUUAUUAUUUUGGUCUCAAGUUAUCCCCUUUAACAUUUGAAAAUAUCUCGAAAGAGUUGACUAAGGAAGCUCGUUCGGAAUUGUUACAAGUUGAAUAUCUACAAGACAAUUUAGACGUUUUUAUUCGGACAAUUGCCGAUGGGAAUACUAUGCCUGUUACUGGAAGAUAUUUUACUAAAGUAUGGCUUAUCCAUCUACUAGAGUUGCGUGUUAGAAUUAAAAGAUGCCUUAAGGAAGAUCCAUCUAUUUAUCGGGUUCCUUUAAAAAGACCAAUAUUCUUUGUGACUAUGAUGCGAACUGGUAGUACUUUUAUGCAUUGCCUAAUGGCUGAGGAUGACCAAUGGAGUUGUCCAAAAUUAUGGGAAUUGGAAGAUUUCUCUCCUCCACCAGGCACUACGGCUGCCGACGAUAAAACUAGAAUAGCCAGAUGCCAGCUAAAAUGGGAAAUUACGUCCACUUUGAUGGGUUGGAAUGAUGUUAAAAAAGCUCAUGGAUUCAAUCCUCUUACACCGGAAGAUCUUCUUUUCCUUUAUCAUUUAGAUUUCAAAUUUAUAACGGCAAUGCACGACAGAAUGGAAGGAGAGUUUAUGGACUUUUUCCAAAAUCAACCAGCAAAUUUAGAGUUAAUUUAUAAUAAAAAUUUAAAAACUCAUUUGCAAAUGAUAUGCAAAAAUAAAGAUAUGGAAAAUAAAAGAUUGUUAACAAUGCUUCACGCUUCACCAGCUCAUUUGGAGUCCCUUUUGCAAGUGUUUCCCGAUGCUCAAAUUAUAACUCUUCACAGGGAUCCAGUUGGUGUUAUGAAAUCUGUUUGCGAUCUCAUUCACACAAACUCUAGAACUUGUAGAAGGUUAUUUGUCGAUAAUAAAAAGGGCGUUGGUAGACGUCUUUUAAAAUCUUUAACAAAUGAUAGUAAAAACUUGGUAAAAUGGAGGAAAGAUCAAAAUCUUGAAGGAAAAGGAAUUCAAAGAUUUAUCGAUGUUAAUUUUAAAGAUCUAAUAAAGAAUCCAAUAGAAACUGUCCAAUCCGUCUAUAAACAAUUGGGUACAACAUUAGACGAUAACUCUUAUAAAAAGAUGGCAGCAUUCUUAAAUUCUCACAAGAAGUCUUCUUCAAAAGCAUUCGAUAUUCAAGAUUUUGGUCUUACGAAAGAAACAAUUAGGGAAAGUUUCAAAGAGUACACUGACUACUUUAAAGUUUAAAAAACAAGAGACGUUCAGAAAAUGAUAUUAAAUCAUUAUGAUUCAUAUGCAAUAGUCGUUGCAUUGUACAUAUCUAUGUAUACAUAUAUAUAUAUAUACCUUUCUUUUAUUAAUCAUAUGCUAAUUUAUUCAGAA